GAACUAUAUUAUUUGAUGGAUGUAAGUACACAAUUAAGACCGUGUGUAAUGCGGUUUGUUAAUGUAACAGCUUCAUUUUUGUCGUCGCCUGGACCGAUGAUGAGCUGACAUUUCCUCCUUUUUCAACUUGAUUGUUCGAUGUUGCCAAAGCCCUAUGUAGUUGUUCAAGAUGAGUCUGACAGCAUCGGCCCAGAACAUCCCCAAGAUCAUGGUCUUUCGACCAACCUUGGAGGAGAUGAAGGACUUCUCUGGCUAUAUCUCCUACAUGGAAUCCCAAGGUGCUCACAAAGCUGGUGUUGCCAAGGUGAUUCCACCAAAGGAGUUUGUGCCUCGGAAGAACUAUGAGGAUCUGGACUUGAUCAUUCCCGCACCAAUCCAGCAAGAGGUCAUGGGUCAUCAAGGCCUAUAUACCCAGUAUAACAUCCAGAAGAAGGCCAUGACUGUCAAGGAGUUUGCUAAGCUAGCCAACAGUGCAAAGUAUCAGACCCCACCACAUUUUGGCUAUGAAGAUCUGGAAAGGAAGUACUGGAAGAACAUCACUUACAACCCUCCCAUCUACGGAGCCGACAUCUCUGGGUCUGUGUACGAUAAAGGGGUGGACAUCUGGAAUAUCAACAGCCUGAAUACAGUCCUGGAUAUCAUUGAGGAAGAGCAAGGUGUGAAAAUAGAAGGGGUGAACACUGCCUACCUGUACUUUGGAAUGUGGAAGACGACGUUUGCCUGGCACACUGAAGACUUGGACCUGUACAGCAUUAACUAUCUCCAUUAUGGUGCUCCAAAAUCUUGGUAUGCUAUCCCUCCUGAGCAUGGCAAACGCCUGGAGAGAUUAGCAACUGGUUUCUUUCCUGGCAACUUCAAGAUUUGUUCUAACUUCCUGAGGCACAAGAUGUCCAUCAUUGCCCCUCACAUCUUGAAGAAGUAUUCCAUACCCUUCAACAAGAUUACCCAAGAGCAAGGAGAGUUUAUGGUGACAUUCCCAUACGGUUAUCACUCUGGAUUCAACCAUGGAUACAACUGUGCAGAAUCUACCAACUUUGCAUCUCUUAGGUGGAUCAACUAUGGCAAGAGAGCAAGCUGUUGCACUUGCCAGAAGGACUCUGUUAAGAUCAGUAUGGAGCCAUUUGUUAGGGUGUUCCAACCAGACCGCUAUGAAGCCUGGAAAGCAGGAAAGGACUCCCUCUACAUAGAAGAAGUGGAUAACCCCACGGGACAUGGCAGCAGUAUGAGGAAUAUGAAAGAACCCCCAAUGUUGCCAUUCACCCCAAAGAGUGAUGAACUACCCAGGAGACACCCAGUCCACAAGAAGGAUGGGAGGCGUACAAACUCUCCUAAUGCACUUCCCAAGAAAAAGAAAAAGAAAGUCAAAGAACCUGAUAUUACUGUGGAUGGAGUAACCCUCGCUGCUCUGAAGAAGAAGUACAAGAAGCUGAAGAAGAAAGCAGAAGCUGAUGCGAGGUCCAGUAGUAAAAAUACUGAUGGAACUGGUAGCAACCUGAAACUGAAAAAGAAGAAGAAGAAGCUUAAAGAUAAAGAUGGUGUUUCAAAGAAGAGAAAAUCUAGCUCAAGUGGGGAUGGGGAGUCGCCAACUAAGAAGAAAAAGAUGGAUGCCAAGAGCAAGCAUUCAAAUGAUGUCUCAAAGAAAAAGAAGAAAAAGGACCCAGUUGGACACCUGGUCAUUGUUUCUGAUGCUGAGAAGCUUAACAAGGAGCACAGCAGUCCCAAGAAAUCCAAAGACAUUGCCAAAAUUCCCAAGGAAAACCAACCUAAAGGCAGGCCAAAGACAGCGGCCAUGGAAGGCAGCGGUGAUGCGCCUGCACCAAGGUCAUCAACUAAUGGAUCAGAUGUCAAGCCCAAGGUAGAGGAUGGUGUGUCAGAAGGGGAGGAGGAGGAGGUCAACAAGGAGGUGGAAAGUGCUGUGGCCAGUAGGUGGGUCAUGUUUGACCAUCGGUACUCAUCGGUCAAGUCACCAUCGCAGGUCGUCCCCAAGAACACAUACAAGCACAAGCACCAACCUAGACCUUCAAGGGAAGAGGAAGGACGGAGACAGAUGGUGCGAAUGAGAAAAGGCAAAGACCGAUGCCCAUCACCCCCUCGUUCAGCAGUGGCCAUGUUGGAAUAUAGGCGGGCUCUGGCUAUGCCUAAGCCAGGCGGCUUACCUGAAGUGCUACCUCAAGCUCUGGUUCACACUCAUUCUGCCUUUACAAUCAAAGAAUCCAGAGCAAUGAAGGACUGGGCGCGUUCCCUCAACGGUCUUUGGGUUACUCAGCCUACUAACUUCAUGAUGGAGAAGGUUCAUAAUGCUUCCAUGGCUGAUCAGAAGCCAGGAUGCUGUGUUUGUCGGAUCUUCUAUCAUGACAAGCUUGGUAUCUACGAUGAAGAUGACUCGGGCAAAACCGUGCUGGUUGGGUCUUCCCAGGACUAUAGGAAGUUUGUUCUUACACCAGAAGACUGCUUUGCUGCUACUCAGGAGAAUUCCAACCCAUCGUGUCAUAACUCUCUCAUCGAUGCUGAGGCGUGUAGCCCCAUACUCACAUGUAGUUCUUGCAAUAUGGCUGUCCAUGCUAGUUGUUAUGGACAAGCCCCAAUAGAAGGUGAAUCACCAUGGGUCUGUGAGAGGUGUCAAGAAGAAGACUGGUCAGCAGUCUGUUGUCUGUGCAACCUUCGGGGCGGGGCACUGAGACAUACCACUACCGGGAAAUGGGCCCACAUCAUGUGUGCUAUGGCUAUCCCAGAGGUCCGCUUUGUCAAUGUAGAGGAGAGGAGUCCCAUCGAUUGCUCGAACAUCUCGGAAGCAAGGUUAAAACUGAAAUGUUUUUUCUGCCGAUCGUUCAUCAAGUACAGCCCUAAGUUUGGAUCCUGUAUCCAGUGCUCUGUGGGCAAGUGUGCCAUAUCAUUCCAUGUAACGUGUGCCAAUGCAGCGGGGGUGAUCAUGGAGCCGGGGGUCUGGCCAUGUGCAGUCUUUGCCACCUGUAUUAGACAUCCUGUCAACGUCAAAGAUUGGACAAGGAUUCGUAAGAUGAAAGAGAUCCAUGCAGGAGACCAAGUAAUUGCCAAGCACAAAAACAAUCGCUACUACAAAUCAGUGGUGAAAGGGGAGAAGGCUCAGCUGUUCUGUCAUGUGGAGUUCAAGGAAGACCAAAGCUUCUGUGAUAAUCUCUACCCUGAAGACAUUGAGAGUCACAACAUAGCCACUGACGGAGUACCUGAGGUCGGAAGCGACGUUGAAGUGCGCUGGGUAGAUGGGCUCCUCUACCCUGGAACCUUCAUUAACAGCUACUCUACUAAGAUGUAUGAGGUCCUCUUUGAAGAUGGGUCUGUUAUCACCGUCAAAAAGGAAGAUAUCUACAAGGACGGCGAACCCAUGCCCAAGAGAGUUCGGUCUAGACUGUCUGAAGCUACAGAAGUGCGGUAUAUUGGAUUCAGUGAUCUUGCUGUACUGUCCAACCAAUACAAGGCAAUCAAGACGGAUGGUGACGAGAGAAUGGCAGCAGGGAUUUCAGCCACAGGAGCAUCGACAGGAUCAGGCAUAGGAUUAACCUCGGGUGUAUCUUCUAAUAUUACCCCUGUCACUUCAGGAAAUCAGGAAAGGACUGAUUGCACCCCUGAAAAGGGAUCAGUAACUCACAAUGCAUCCUCGUGGAAAACUAUGUUUGGCCCGUCGACGAGCUGCGACAUCCCAGACAGGAAGGAAUCGACAGACGGUGUGAAUGCGGGUAUCGUAGAAAUCAAAGAUGAACCGGACUCUGUUUCUGUCACGACACUUUCAUUGCCGUUCGAUGAUAGCAGUAUUGCGAAUCCCACGUUGCAAGGUGGUGUUUUAAUCGCUCCGGGUGUGACAAUAAAGACUGAAUCAGACUCUCAAGCAAUACAAGGGUCUAGCAGUGAAGGCCAAGUCUUCUUCCCUAAUGAUGCAUCGCUGAAAAUUGAUACAGUGUCAUUCAGACCGGGAGAAACGCCGCAGAAUGGACAAUUCUUUUCGCAGUGAUUUCUGAAAUAGCCAUGUAUAGGUUGUAUAGUCAAGGCAAGUUGUUGAAUAGCCACAGGAUUGUUUUUACCCUUUUUUGGAUGCUAGUUGCAGGGAUUCAUACAUCCUGGCAAAGGACAUAGCUUGAAAUUAUCGGUGAAGCCAGCAGCCAAGGAGAAAUAUUUAUAAUGCAGAGGUGUAAAUGUACAGAUGUGUUGUUCCAUAAACAAAAUCUACAUCAUUUGAGCAUACAUUCAGCAGACAGAAAAGUGAAAGUUAAACUCCACAUGGAAUUUCGCAGGAACUGAAUGUCUUCUAGACAUUCAAUUUCAAAUGCAUGCUAGGUUUUUUCACAUGCAAUAUAUAACUUUGAUGCAUGAACACUUCAAUGCAUCUGUCCUAUUUUCAUUUCAGACCAUUGUGCACUUUUCAUUUUGUAACUACAGAUACAUGUUAGACCCACCAUUCAAUUAUGAAAAAGGCCAUUUAUAUCUUUGUGUGUCUUCCGAGAUGUAGAAUUGUCAAUUUUACAAUAACUCUUCUGAUUUUCUUAAAACUAAUAUUUCUACCAGUGCCAUCAAAUAAAAAAUCUCAAAAUUUAAAGGCGAUUUAGCAUGUAUAUGUAUCAAGUACUCUUGGUGUGAUUUUGUAAACUGGUUUGUUUACUGGAAUACAGAGUAGAUUGGCUUAAGGGCUUGCACAAUAUUGAAAAUUUUGGUAUAGAUUAUUGCCAGCUGUCAAAAACGCAGUUAAAUGUCAAAUAUUGUCAAGUAAAAUUCACUAAAUAUUCUCUCUGCACUGAAAUUUUAAUGUAAUAAUAUUCUGAUAUUAUUGCCAUAUUGUGCAGCCGUAUUUGCUAUUCCAUGCUAAAACUUACAUAGAAACCACCUCUUUGUUAUUUUUUAACUUGAAUUUUUAGCAAAUUGUUUCAGAGGUGUUAAUAUAACCUUGUAUCUUAAAAUUUAAGAUUGUUUAAGACAGGUCAUAAAAAGUUUAAUUUUAGAAUUAUGACAUAAGCAGCAGCUUUCUUUUGCGUAGAAAGAGUUUACUACAAGAAUUAGUAGACUGUUUUCAGACAAUGUUAGGUUGCCACCAUUGCUAUAUUUCUAAAAUAAAACUUUUCUGAGCUGUCAUUGAUUUUAACAUUUUGAGAUACAAAGUUUGAACAGCACUGCGAUGAAACAUCAACUCUUACCUUGAAUUGCAACUUUGGAAUUUCAGAAAUUUGACAUGCUGAUAAAAAUUUUUCUUAUUAAACUUAAGAUAUUCUGUGUCAGAGGAAUGCCAUUGCAACAGCUUACACAAUACACUUGUACACAUAAUUGUUUUCUCAAUCGUUAGUACCUUUUUCCCUAAAUUUCACUUUACAAUGAAAAUCCUAGGGGGUGUUUCACAAAGAUGUAAGUAUGACUUAGAGUUGCACUUUAAUGCAUAGUUGAGUGCGGUAUAAAAGACAUCACCGCAUUGGUCAGAUCAUGCCAAAAGGACGCGCACUACUUUGUAUUGAUCAAUAAGAUUGUGUGUUGCAUAUCAUGUACCCGUCGGCAUUUAAGUACGAUUUAAGUCAUACUUAAAUCUUUGUGAAACACCCCCCAGGUCGUGGUUGAUAUUGUCUUUUAAUAUUUUUGUAUAAUUGAUUACCUCCAACUUUUAGACUGAUAUUUUUUUAUACUCUAGGUCAUAAGAAUUCACUACAGUGCACAUUAAAUAUUUGAUGACCUCGUUUUGUAUAGACUUGUACAUGAAAUGUAUAUACAGCAUAUAAGAAAAUGUGCAGUUGUGCUUGGCAGUUUUAAUAUUAAAUUAAUGCAGCAUGAGCUAGAUAUUCUAGCAGCUUUUAGUGUUGUAAUGCUUUAAAUGUCAACUGCCAUAGGCAAAGUAUGUAAAAGGUCUGUUCAGUAUUCAUACAUAGAUGCAGUCAUGUGUUUUCACUGGCUGAAAAUGAAUUAAUUUGGUUUGUAAAUUAUGAUAAAAAUUUCUAUAUUUAUGGUUUAUUUAUAAAAUGAUUUACUUGAAAUAAGAAUGAAAAAAAAAUGAUUUUGAGAGUUUACUAAAAGUUGACUGUGAAUAAAGUGGGUUUAUAUGAAAUUUCAGGUAUCAAGAUUACCCCUUCAAGCAUCAAUUUAUAUGUUUCUAUGAUAAUGAGACUGGUCAAUGUAGAAAUUAUUGAAAAUGUAAAGAACAGCAAAAUUCACCAUCCAAAAUUCAGUUGCUGUAUUCAUCGAAUUAUUUUCUGUGUCGACUUCGGUCCCUUGCUUUUUAGUGUUUGGAGCUGUGGAUUUCUCAUCCACAGGGAUCCAAUGGGACGGCAGUGAAAAAUGAAGUGGUGCAAAACCAUUUGCCAGCGCUGUCGACUUUGAAAUUUCCUAUGUCUUGCCUACAGUUAGCUAUCUCUAACCAUUCCCUUGAAUUUGAAACCAUGUUGAAUUGUAUCAUGAAAACUCAUCCUCCCUAGGUUUUUACUUUUGAAUUUGUUACAUGCUUUUCAUUUUCUACCAUAUAGAUUAUAACCAUGAGAAACAUAAUGUAUAGCAUACUGUAAAUACAUGUAAAUUCAUUUGUAAAGAUUA